UCCACCUUCACCGAUCCUCAUUCCCUACAACCCGCCAACUAAAGCUUCUCCCGCGCUCCCCUUCAAUCACUAUGGUCGCCGCACUCAAAUUCGUGCUUAUCGCCACCCUUUCGGCUCUCGCCACCCAGGCCGCUCCCCUUGUUGAGAACCGUGAUGUCUCGGUCGACCUUCCUCUGGCCGACACUGUGGGUGGACUUCUGGGUACCGUCGAUGGAGUAGUCGACGGUGUCAACAUCAACCUUCGAAAGAAGGACGUCGACGUCGACUUGCCCCUGGCUGGUACCGUCGACGGGCUGCUCGGAACCAUCGAUGGACUCGUCGAUGGCAUCAAUGUCGAUUUGCGAAAGAGGCAGACCGUCAAUGUCAACCUUCCCCUUGCUCAGACUUUGGGCGAAGUGAUAGAUCUCCUCAACGGACUUUUGAAGGGUAUCAAUAUCAACCUCCGAAAGAAGGACGUCAACGUCAAUCUUCCUCUCGCUCAGAUUCUGGGCGAUGUAGUCGACACCCUUAACGGACUCUUGAAGGGCAUCAAUGUCGACCUCCGAAGGAAGGACGUCAACGUUAAUCUUCCUCUCGCUGAGACCCUCGGGAGUGUCAUCGACAUCCUCAAAGGUGUGUUGGCCGGCAUCAACGUCAACCUCUAGGUAUCUACCCCUAGCUGGGGCCUAUGAGGUAGUCGCUUGUCAAGAUUGUGUCUUAUCAAGCUUGUUGAAUCGAAACCUGUUGCAAGAUUUGAACCGUUGGAAAUUGUACGAACGAAACGAAAACAAGAACUGUCUGUCGAAUCUAAAUUCAUGUCUAUGUUAAAA